CGAGGCGCGGCUGCCCACGCGAUGCCUCCGUGGCUGCGGCUGGCGGCGCUGUGCCUGCUGCUGGCGGGGCCGGGCGCGCGGGGCGAGGGCUGCGGCGCCUGCCGGCCGGAGGGCUGCGCGGCGGUGAGCUGCGCGGCGCCCGAGCUGACGGCGCGGGACGAGUGCGGCUGCUGCCGGCGCUGCCUGAGCGCGGAGGGCGAGCGGUGCGGCGGGGCGCGGGGCGCUCGCUGCGGCCCGGGGCUGGUGUGCGUCAGCCGGCGGGCGGAGGGGCCGCCGGAGGCCGAGGGCAGCGGGCGCUGCGUGUGCGAGGAGGACGGCGCCGUCUGCGGCUCCGACGGGCGCUCCUACGGCAGCGUGUGCGCCCUGCGCCUCCACAGCUGGCGCGCCCCGCACGGCGCCCGGGAGCGCGUCCGGAAGGCGCACGACGGCGAGUGCAAGCUGGCUCCAACUAUUGUGGUGCCACCCAAAAAGAUUCACAAUGUUACCGGAGCCCAAGUCUACCUGUCCUGUGAAGUGAAAGCUGUCCCAACACCUAUCCUCACCUGGAAAAAGGUUACAGAAUCCCCAAAGGGAUCAAGGCUCCUAGAAGAACUGCCAGGAGACAGAGUCAACAUAGCGGUCCAAGUUCGAGGUGGACCUUCUAAACAUGAGAGCACAGGCUGGGUUUUGAUUAACCCGCUGACAAAGGAAGACGAGGGUGUUUACCAGUGUCAUGCUAUGAACAUGAUGGGAGAAGCUGAGGCAGAGGGGAGUAUUAAAGUCUUGGAGCAAAGUGCUAACAAGAACAUUCAUUCUCUGCCACCCGAAGACAUGAAGUAGCAGGAUGAAGCAAUAUGACCACCUCUGAGAGAAUCAGAUCCAAGAGACGACUAGACCCAGUGAAGGAAUGGCUGGCUUUGCUCUCUUACUUACUGACGACUCAAAUACACCAGCUUGUUCAUUCCUCUCACCGACGCAUUGCAGGUUGUUUUUUUGGGGUAAUAGUGUAGUUGAGAAUGCAACAAAAAUGCUCAAUAAAGCAUUUUUUUUUACCGUU